AUGCCGCCGCUUGAUGAAAAUAUGAAGCGAAGAUUUCGUAUCUACAUACUUGGCAUGACGGCGGCUAUCGCCGUUCUGCAUGAUGGAGCCGUUAUUGGUGGAAGAAUGUCGAAAGACAAUGUCGUCACGGUUGCCACCGAUUUAUCCGCUGCUCAGUUUUGGGCUGAAGUCCGAAAGGUAGAAGAUGGACUUGGUAUCCCCUUUCUCAAGGAGUCGCCCUGCAGCUACAACAGACCAUUGACGUCUGGAGGGUUU